AUGUCUUCGUCAUGCGACAAUUUGCGUUUCGUCGAACCCGCUCACAAGAGCCACUUCCUGAGUAACAGCAUCACUAAUCAUCGAAGCAGUAUCCCGGUCUUCCUCGGUUCCGAAAUGAUGCGAACAUCAUCAUCCAAGGCUGCCAACACCCUUGCCGGAGCCUUGCGGCCCUGGGGCAGAUUUAAAGCCCCUGUACAGCCGCAAUGGGCCAGAAGCGAAGCACCUGGAGGCGCCGAGGUUCGACGAUCGACUGAUCGAUUGACGUGGCCUACUGGCCUUGUUCUUGCUCUUUGGCUUCAUGCUCAGGGCGUCAGAUUCCGCAUUAUUGACCAGGGAACUGGCCCGGCACACAACUCGCGCGCGCUCGCCGUGCAUGCCCGCAUUCUGGAGCUAUACCGCCAACUCGACCUAGCCGAUGAACUGAUAGAACGUGGAUAUCAGCUUCCUGCUACUAAUGUGUGGGUCAAUGGCUCUCACAGGGCUCACAUAAACCUGCGACAAUUUGGCACGGAGUUGACUCCAUAUCCGUACCUGCUCACCUUUCCACAAGAUAAGCAUGAAUGCUUGCUUGAGAAGCGACUGAACUCCUUUGGUAUCUUUGUUGAGAGGAGAACCAAGCUGCAGAAAUUUGUGGAUAAUGGCUCAAGCAUUACCGCAACACUUAUGUGUGCGAACGGAGACGAGUCUACCUGCGAAGCUGCUUAUAUUGUUGGAUGCGACGGCGCUCACUCGGUGGUUCGGCAUGGUAUUGGGGCAAAAUAUGAAGGUGACACCUACGUGCCGCUCUUCUACAUUGCAGAUAUUGUAGCCGAAGAGCAAGAGAGUCCUCUUUUCAACGGCGAGGCUCAUUUGACCUUUGUCGACGAGACUUUCAAUUUGGUUCUACCGUACAUCGAGGAACGCCACAUCCGAUUGAUUGGGACGACAAUCCCCAAGACCAACGAGCAUCAACAAACCAGUACCUCAGAGCCUCAUCCCGAAGUAACAUUUGAGGACGUACUCCCAAAAAUAAAGAAGACAACAAAUCUCGAAAUUCAAGAAGUCAACUGGUUUUCGACAUACCGCAGCCAUCACCGCGUGGCAGAGAAGUUCCGCAGCAACAGAGCGUUCGUCGCCGGGGACGCCGCUCACAUCCACAGUCCUGUGGGCGGCCAAGGCAUGAACACCGGCAUCAUGGAUGCUAUCAACCUGGCAUGGAAACUGGCAACUGUGAUCAAACACCCCUCGAUGACAGAGGAAGCAAAGGAUGACCUUCUGGAUACCUACGAACCCGAACGGCGUUCAUUCGCGUUGGAUGUGGUCGGCGCGACAGACCACGGCUUCAACAUUCUCACAUCUUCCGGAUUCUUCCCACACAUGCUGCGCGCAUGGGUCAUUCCAUAUCUUAUUCCAGUAGUCACCCGAUUCCAGGCCGCUCGCAUGGAGAUCUUCCAACGUGGAUCUCAGCUUGUUUGCUCCUACAGGGGGGCCAGCACUCUGAACCAAACAUCGCAAGGCUCGGAGAUGGUACAGCCUGGUGACCGUCUGCCGUGGGUAAAGACUGAGCUUGGCGAUAAUUUUUGGACACUGCGCGACAUCUGCUGGCAGAUCCAUGUGUAUGGCGAACCCACGAUGGGGCUGGAGGAAUGGCGCAAGAACAAGCACGUUCGGUUGGCCGUCUUUCAGUGGGAUGAGAAGCACGGCAAUGUUGGUCUCAAGAAAGGUGCUGCAUAUCUGUUGCGACCGGAUCAUUAUAUUGCUGGGAUAUUCGAGGGUGAUGACCUGAAGUCCGAGUUGGAUGACAGACUCUCCAUUAACUCUGAUGACGAGACCGGCGCAGCAUACAGUGGAAAAGUCAUUGGGAAGAGCGAUCUUGAAUGGCUACAAAAUAUCUGCGCUCUUGGUACCAAUGCUAACAUCCUGGGAGAAAGAAAGUCUUUCGUCACCGGUCGGGGUAGAUAUGAAGACUACGGUUGUAUCGUUGCGGAUCGAGGUGCUGAUCCUAAUGUUCCCAUUGAUGAAAGAGGCGAAGUGUCCUAUUUGUGCGCAUACUAUGAUCGCAGCCAGGAGAUGGAAGACCCUAUUGUGUUCCCUUUUCAUGAGGUCUGCUACAAGGACAUUCUUCCUCGUUGUUUCAAGAAUAAGAUGAUAGACGAAGACGUGUUUUAUGCUCUCUGUGAAGAGAUGAGACAAGACCGAUGGAACUCGCUGGCGUUAGGUUACGGUGAUCCCGAUCCGCCCUCGGGUCAAUAUUGGGACUGCAGAAAAGGGGAAGAGGUCCUGGUGACGCAUCCUGUCAAGAUACUCGAGCUGGAGAUUUACCUGGGAGUAAUUCAAGACCUCCUUGUCGAUGAGGAAAAGAAAAGCUUAGAGUCCCGGACUGUAAAAGAUAUCCACGACAUAUUCGACAAGCUCCCCUAUGAAUUACGACAAAAGAUAUUCAACCUCCUUCCGGCUGCAUCUGUGCUUGCUCUUAAAGCCGCGUCGUAUUCGAUGCAUGCUUGUCCAUACGAAUCCUGGAAAAAGAAGUUGGCAACCGACAUGCCUUGGCUUUGGGAGGUUCAUGACAUGGACCCGUUCAAAUCGCAGGCAUUGGAGGGCAGACUGUCUAGGCUUAUGGCGGAGCUUGAGAAGAAGAGUCGAUACGAAGAAGGAAUAACUGAAUACAUUCCCGGACUUGUGAACCGCAGGCGGAUUUGGGUGGUUUGUGAGGACAUUCACGGCAAACCUCACUGCUACCAGGGCUAUCUUCUCGUUGCAGUGUGA